ACUAAAAGCCAGUAUUUUGUCUACCUGCUGCGUUUGACGAUAGCUAACUAAUGUUAGUGUUGGUUAGACCUGAUAAUAUGCAUACCCUAGCUUACAAAAAUACCUAAUCUAAUGCUCAACUUGAUGUUUAGCUGAGAGGUUUGUUUGCUUCAACUUUUACAGAGACAUUUAAAGUUAGCUCCGUGUUGAGCAGCAAUUAGCAAGCUAGAUAGCACUAGCCAGCUACCUCGCCAAGCUUGGCAACUUUGGCGACUGGUUAGCAUGGGGUUUCGCAAUUUCUUUAUUUUUCGAUCGACACAAAUAAAGCCUGAUGCUGUGGCGGUCUAUCAAUAGAGAAAGGGGGUAAUGGUAUACAGGGGGUUAGCUGAUGCAGAUCGGGUUUAUCGCGUGUUGCCAUGGCGAUUGUGGGACGGAACUAGGUCACAGUUGAUGAGCUAGUAAAGUUCACCAAGCAAGAACGUAUUUGACGGUUGUUUGAGCCAUCUACGCGUUUUCUACCAGUUGUCGCUGCACAUUAUGGCCGUUAAGCUAACGAUAACCAGUGUCUUCCCUCGGGGAGCAGUGACAGAAAGCUCGUGCUAACCCGCUGCGUGGUGGAGGGAAUGUCUCAUUGUUUUCCCCCGGGAAUCUGAGCGGGCCACACAUACACAAAACCCAACGGCAGCUAACGUUAACGGACAGGUCGAAAAAAUUACUCGACAACGUUACACGAUCGACGUAAAUGACUGAUUUCUCUCCGGACUGGAUGCUAAUUAGAGAGUUAACGUUAGCUAAACUUAACUGCUGCUGCAAGCUGUAAGUGGGUGACAUGGCAACUGGUGGCACUCCUUUUGAUGACAGUUCAGAAGAGCUGCAUAACUGGACUGUAACCAAUGGCAGUCUGGAAGAUAGACUCAACAACAUGGACUGGGGUGUACAGCAGAAGAAAGCCAACAGAUCAUCAGAGAAGAACAAGAAGAAGCUGUCAGCUGCGGUUGUGGAGAGCCGCCUGACUAAUGAUAUUUCACCAGAAUCCACCCCUGGGGUGGGUCGCAGGAGAGCACGCACUCCUCAUUCCUUUCCUCACAUCAAAUAUACCACCCAGAUGUCUGUCCCAGACCAAGCUGAACUAGACAAGUUGCGUCAGAGGAUCAAUUUCACAGACCUAGAUGAGAGGAGCAUCGGCAGUGACUCCCAGGGGCGUGUCACAGCUGCCAACAACCAGCGCCAGUUAGCAGGAGAGAACAAGAAGCCCUACAACUUUCUACCUCUGCAUGUAAACACUAACAAAAGCAAGGAACUGCUGCCUCCCUCCUUCUCUGCCCCAGCCACUCCAGCUAUCACCAAGGAAACCAAGAAGCAGAGCCCGGGAUUCAGGGACACGUUAACCCCUGUGGUUCCUACCAAGGAUACUCUAAGGCUCAGCCAUAGUGGCACAGAGAGAGGGCCCUCGGUGCACAGAGAAUAUGGGAGAGGAGAGCCGAGAAUAGACAGCAGCCAGGUGGUGAGCAAACUGAUACAGAUCCGGGAGUACAUCAGUAAGGCCAGCUCCAUGCGGGAUGACCUGGUGGAGAAGAAUGAUGUGCCGGCCAAUGUGGAGCGUCUUUCUCAUCUCAUCGACCACCUCAGGGAGCAGGAGAAGUCUUAUUUACGGUUCCUGCAGAAAAUGCUGGCACGGGAAAAUGAAGAGGAUGAUGUGGGGACCCUGGACUCUGCAGUGGGCUCAGGUUCACUGGCAGAGAGUACUUCUCUCAACAUUGAGGUUCGCUCUUCAGAUGCCUCAAAUGCAAUGGGCUCUAGGCCAGAAGUUGUACAUGCUGACCAGAAGGAAGAGUUGGAGAAUCUGCGUAAGCAGCAUGAGCUGCUGAAGAAGAUGCUGGAGCAGCAGGAGCAGCUCAGGGCCCUGCAGGGCCAGCAGGAAGCUCUAAUGGCCAUGCAGCACAGCGCAGAACAGGCACUUGCUGUGAUUGAAGAUACUGUUGUCACAGAAACCACAGGCAGUGUUUCAGGCCUGAGCAUCACAUCGGAACUGAAUGAUGAGUUAAAUGAUUUGAUCCAGCGGUUCCACAACCAACUACAUGACUCUCAGACCAAAGCAGUGCCAGACAACCGUCGUCAGGCAGAGAGUCUUUCCCUCUCCAGAGAGGUGUGCUGGUCUAGGACUCCCCAGGCUGUUGGCCCACCUCAACACAGGCCGCUCCUCCACUCUGCCUCUGGCCCACACACUGGGCUAGACACUGGAGCAACAGCUGCCAGUGCCAAACUCACCAAGCUCCAAGAACUUCAAGACAAAAAACAAACCAUGGACAAGAUCCUAAGGGAGCUGCACUCACUCAGAGACCAGACUCUCAAUAAUAACUCAUGUCGUGGCUUGUCAACACAGUGCAGUCUGAGUAUGGGAGGAUCUUCAGAAUGUCCAUCUGCUCUCUGCUCUAAUGGGGCCUCGGCUUCCACUUCCUUCCAUCAUUCACUCACACAACACCAGGACAGCUCCAACAAGCUCAGGAAGCUAAAGGAGGUCCACAAGCGUUUGAAUGAGCUGCGGGAAUUGGUUCAGUACUAUGAGCAGACUUCUGAUAUGAUGGUGGAUGCCGUCAAUGAGAAUGUGAAAGAGGAUGAUGAUGAUGAGGAAGAGGAGGAUGACGAAGAUGAGACAGAGGACGGCUCUAUGUUUGAGGCCAUGUUUGACUCUGAGCAGGAGAACCGCCAGCCUGUAACUAACAUCAGAAACCCACAGCGCAGUGGCAAUUGGACAGACUUGAACAGCCUGACCAACGGGCGCAGUGUCAGGAGUAGCGGCACUAACAACCGGGAUGGCAGGCUCAACACAGAGUGUGAGAUCAACAACCGGUCAGCAGCCAACCUCCGCAGCCUCAACAUCCCCUCAGCCAUAGAGUGCCAGUACAACAGGGACAUGCCCUUUAACCAGGUGAAGGAUGAGGAUGAAGAAGAGGACUGUCUUGAUAAUGAUGCAGGGGCACAGGCUGUGGCUCCAGACAGUGAGGCAUCGGGGUCUAGUCGGAGGAGCAGCCUGGCUAAUGAUGGAGGUUUUUCCCAGAAGGUUCAUCGACAGACAGCCAAGCAGAAACUGCGGCAGCUGCAGGAACUGGUGGCCAUGGUUCAGAGUGACGACACAGAUGGUACAACAGCCAAUGAGGAUGAAGCUUUACACCAACAGCCAAAUAAUACCAGAGCUACUGCAGUUAGGACACCUGGGGCUGGAUCUAAACAGAAUCCCAGAGACCUCACUCUCUCCAGCAAGGCCAGGGAGAAGUUGUAUGAGGAGAAACUGCUUCAGCAGAAACAGGAGUUGAAACAGCUCCAUGAAGAGCGCCAGAGACUCAUUGAAAUCCAAGGCAAGAUCCAGGACCUCCAGUGGGCUUGCCCUGACCUCCAGUCAUCUGUGUCCAGCACGGUGAGUCAGCAGGGUUUGCUGAAAAAGGUCCCAGUUGCAGUUUCCACUCCAGCCACUAUCCAGGCUUCUUCAUCAUCUGGACCCAAAACCAACUCGGUUGUACUCAAACCCACUCCUCCAGAAGCAGCUACUUCUUCAGUCACUGACAAUGAACAGCUUUGGACAGAGAUGCGUCGCCACCAGAUUCUGCGGGAAGAACUGCGCCAACGCAGAAAGCACUUAGAGUCCUUGAUGGCUGAACACCAGAGGCGUAGUGGUCUCAGUGACUCUCCCUGCCGGACUGACGACCAAGGUGGCCUUGCUACACCUUCACAACCUAUCAGUAGGGAUGAAAGGACAAUGGCUACCUGGGGUUCCACUCCCUGCCACCUUGAUGACGAUGAUGAUGAUGAGGAGGAUGAGGAUGAAUAUCACUCAGAGAUGGGUGCAGAAGAGGAAGAGGAGCAGGAAGACUGUGCAGAGAGCAGCACUGAUGAUGACAUCUACUCUUCGAGCAGGAACCAGUGCUCUUAUAGGAAUAAUCAAGGAAGUAACCUGAAGCCUCCACCAGCCUUCUCAGGUGAGGGUAGUGGGCAUCUUCAUAACAAGAUUAAGGCCAAGCAGCAGCAGCAGCAGGGGUCUAGAAGUUUGAACCAGUCUGCUAGCCAGCAUGCAGGUUCUCGACGGCAAGAAAACCUGCGCUGGGCCUCAGAGCUUUCCUUUGCUGAGGGCUCAGGUCACUGGCAGGAACAGGUCAGCCAGCUGCAGAGACAGCUGGACUUCAGCACCAGCAUGUGUCAGACACUCCUGCAGGACCAGCAGACACUGUCAUACAUGUUGCAAACCAUGCUGACAGGUCAGUACGGUGUGUUACCCAACAACCUGUCAUCGCCACAGGUCCACCUGGUCAUGCACCAACUCAACCAGUGUUACACCCUGCUGGCUUGGCAGCAAAACAAUGUACAAAGACUAAAGCAGGUCCUGACCGACCUCCUACAGCAGCAACAACAACAGCAACAGCAGCAGCAACCGCCAUCCUCUUCAACAGCAUGUUGGCAGACACAGAAGCAGGGCUCCUCCCAGGAAUCCAGCUCUGGUCCCUCAGCCUCUCCUGGUGUCUUCCUCCCCUUCUCCUCUACCCUGCAUCCUUCAACCAACAACAUGUCAACGGCUGCCAUAUCCCCAUUCCCUCCCAGCUUUAACUUGUAUCCACUGUUCCCUCCUGCCAUGGGUGAGUUCCCGCAGAGUGUGGCAGGUCAUGCUGCUCCUGACCACCAGAAGCAGCAAUUAGACCCAAACACCUCUAUCAAAACAGAGUACAUGAGUUUCCCUCCUCCACUGCAGCGCUCUCCUCUUAACACGACAACAGAAAGAGGAGCGGCCGGCUGGCUUAACACCUCCUAUGCAAACCAGACCGUCCAGCAUCACUCGUCUAAAACACAGCCACAAGAGUCGCCCUCCUCCUCUCCCACGUUUGUUAAUCGCCACUCCAGACCUCAGGACUUUGAUCAGGCGUCACAGGAAAGCUUCAGCAGCAUGCCCGAUCCCGUUGACCCCACCACCAUAACAAAGACUUUCAAGGCUGGGCGUAAGGCCUCUGCACAAGCCAACCUGGCCUCCCGAAGCAAGACUCCCAAUUCUAAGAGUCGUCGCAGGAGGAGCAAAGGGCACAACAAGAACAGUGAAGGCCAUGAGAGUGACAGUGUUAGCAGCAGUGCGGACUUUGUCCAGGAGAGGGCAGCCCCAUCUCGUCACAAGGAUCAGAAUCAGAGUCUGCUGGACAAACUGACUCAAGAGAAACUAGACAGCAAGAUGAAGCUUGGGAAUAAAAGAAAUGACCUCUCCUCUGCCUAUGCUUGGAGAACACCCUUCCUAUCUAACAGAAUUGCAUGCACAGAAGCACCAGAUGCAAGCAGUGACUUCUCUCUGUUCGAGGCACUGAGGGAGACCAUUUACUCUGAGGUGGCUACCUUGAUAUCUCAGAAUGAGUCCCGACCUCACUUUCUCAUCGAGCUCUUCCAUGAGCUACAGCUGCUCAACACAGAUUACUUGCGGCAGAGGGCACUUUAUUCUCUCCAGGAUAUAGUGACCAGGCACCUAGCAGAGAAAAGUGCAGCUGAGGACCAGCUGCCCCGUCUUGGUCCUGUGGUGUGGGCUGCAGGCUCUCAGUCUGAGCUGACACCCAGCGAGAGUCUGGCUACCAGUGAUGCAGAGGUGGUGGAGAAGAACUUGAGGCUCACACAGGACACAAUGAAGAAGAGAGAUGAUGCAGAAUCUGUGGACAAUGACAGCACCAUGUCAACCUCAUCCAACCUGGAACCAUUUGCUAAUGAUGAUCUAGGCAACACGGUGAUUCAUUUAGACAAAGCUCUGGCCAGGAUUAGGGAGUAUGAGCGCAUGAAGCUUAAAGCUGAAUUUAACCCCUGCAACGCCAGCACUGCAGGUGCAGGUGGCUCUGAAGUCUCACAUGCUGAACACCCUUCUGCUAACCCUGCUGAACCACUGGAAGGAGGUGCAGCUGAUGAUGUGCGAUGUCCUCAGAUUGACACGCAGCAGCUGGAUCGUCAGAUCAAAGCCAUCAUGACAGAAGUCAUUCCCUUCCUUAAGGAGAACAUGGAUGAGGUGUGUUCCGUCCAGCUGUUGACAUCCGUGCGGCGCAUGGUCCUUACACUCACCCAACAAAAUGAUGAAAGCAAGGAGUUUGUCCGCUUUUUCCACAGACAGCUGGGAGGCAUCCUGCAGGACUCUCUUAGUAAAUUUGUUGGCCGCACUCUGAAGGACUGUGGGGAGGACCUCCUGGUGGAGAUCUCAGAAAUCCUCUUCAAUGAACUGGCCUUCUUUAGGCUCAUGCAGGAUUUGGAUAACAGCAGCAGCAUCGCUUUGGCAGCCAAACACAAAAAUAAGAAGAGGACUGAGCAACCCAGUAAAGCAAAGCCCAGUGUCAAGGAAAAUACAGUACCUGGUGGUGAUAAAUCAGUUUCUCCAACCUACUCGGAUGAAGUCAAGGACCAAGAUGAGGCUGAGCAGGAAGGCGAUUCUACACUCCAGGAUCUUUACCUGCAGACAGAGAUGAAGAAUAACAGAAGCAGUGAAGCUUCAGAGGUUGAGGAGGAAGAUGAGGAUGAAGGGGUCGGACAGGGAAUGCCUAUGUCAAUCAGUCUGUCCAAAGCAGAGACUCAGGCCCUGACGAACUACGGCAGUGGGGAGGAUGAGAAUGAGGAGGAGGAAAUGGAGGAGUUUGAAGCUGGACCUGUUGACGUCCAAACCUCCUUGCAGGCCUCUGCUGAUGGACAGGUGGAGCAGGAGGUCAGAGCCACAGGGUCAACAGCCAGUGAAACCCAGGAGACAAAAACUGAACAGAGUUCAGAGAAUGAGGAGGAAACCAACAAGCCAGUUGGGACGAUGAAUUCCAAGGCAGAUGAACAUACCAUAGCAGCAUGCCAGAGUCCUGAGGAGGAGAGUAAAGUUGAGGCAGCUGCUGCUUCAGAAGAAAACACUGCAGUCUCUCAUGAUCAGGAUGUGCCCAAGGAGCCAACCACAACUAGCAGCCCUGACACUGACUCACCCGUUAUGAUCAAUGUAGAUGAGAUGGGGUCAGGUAACACUAGUCAGAAGUCUGAUGAGGAAGACUUUGUCAAGGUGGAUGACUUGCCAUUGCAGCUUACAGUCAUGUGUGAGGAGGAGCUUCAGAAGAGAAUAGUGGAGGAGCAGCAGAAUAACAACCUGUCAGUAGAGAUCCUCAAUGGGAACACUGAAUCGCUGACUGGGCUGGUGGGAAAUGCACAGGCACUGAAGGAACCAGACACUGCUGGUGACCAGAAUGUGUAAAGAGUUGUACCAAUGUCUCAUAAUCUACUGUUUUUAGCAACACUAUGCUUUCAACCUCAAUCUGUUCUGGAUGUAUGAUUGUUGAUUCUUAAUCUGCUAGUUUAAACGGAGCAACAGCUCAUAAUAUUGGUCACAAAUUAGGUCUCUCUCUCUCUCGCACACUCACACUCACACACACACAAACCAGAUAAAACUAAACCUAUACACAUAACCAACACUGCAAUUCAUUUUAUUCGUGAAAGUUUAAUGUGAUUUAUUGGUAAUCUGGGGUGGGGUUAUCUCUAUGCUGCUGAUUUCUGACAGUUAAGCCUCUGUUUGAAUCUUUAGUACUGAAACUCGUGUUCAGAUCUGCCUUAGUCUCUUCCUUGGUUCUGGGAUCAGUUUGACAUGAGUUGUGAUUUUUUUUUUUUUUUUUUAAACGUCUUAUUUGUCUUGGCUCUGCCUUACUGUUGUACAGCUCAUCUUUUCUGCACUUGAUUCCUAAUUAUAAAGAGAUUACAGUAGGAUAAAAGUUCAGCUGUAGCUUGGCUGACUUCAGCUAAUUGUUUCUCCAUCUUGAACACUUUUUCCUUUGUAUCAGAGCUCAAAGCUCAGACUUAACUUUUAUCCCUUCAGAUGCAUCUUUAUAUGCUGUUUUGUUCUGUUAAUGGUUAGUCUCCAUUGAUUUUCAUGUAAUUAAAAUGUUGACUACAGUAAUAAGUUUUAAUUAAUAAAAUGCUGGAACUUUCAAAAAUGAAGGUGUGGGCUUCUUCAGAUGUCUUGUAGCUACUUUCCAGUGUGUAGUACGUAAAUACUGAUAGCAGUGUUGCUAUCGGUAGCUGUAAGGCUGGAUUAAACAAGGCAAAUUAGGCACCUGCCCUAGGGGCACCAAAAGCCCCAGGUUUACUGUGUGUACAAUGUUAAGUUUUCCAGUCUUUUAGAGGGACCGUUUGUCUAAAUUUAGUUUGAAAACCAUAAUUAUUUUAAGUAAUAAUGUGCUUACAUGGUGCAUAUAUCCCUAAAUAAAGUAAUGUUUAAUCAAAUAACCAUAAACUAUUUGAUACACAGAAGACCUUGGGCCAGGUGGUCACAUUUCAACUCAGGAGGCCUGGAUGGUUUGUCAGUCUGUUGGAUCCAGACAGGUUCCAUUAAGCCAUGAUUAACACAACUGCACAAUAACUGAGAAAUCUCCUACCAAUUAAUUUAAAUUAUAAACUGAUUCAUGUAAUUCACAUUGAUGAAAUUACAAAUAGAACUGCUGUAUUUGUGAAUCCAUUUUAAUAAAAAAAACAAAACGAUAGUGGUCAGCAUUGAGGUACAUUUAUCAGUAAUGUGUUAAAUGGUCAGUGGUCAUAUGGUGAGACAGAACCUGUAACUGAACUGUUUGAAAGCCUGAUUUGGGUAGAAAAUAAACUUGAAGCAUGGUAGUCGAACAUGGUGAGUAUUGGCUGCAUUUGAGAACUUUAAGAAACAAUGUAGUAAGAUUUUGCAUCAAUUUAAUUAUACACCCGUGCAUUCAUCUCAGGGGUCCCUAGGCCCAUAUUGAGAUCCAUGUAUAAUUACAGGAAAAACAAAAAGGGGGAAAACAUUUACAAGGUAGAUUCACUUUCGUACAAAUUUCCCUCAAAACAGAAAAGGUAGGAUUUAGUAUUGUCAUCAACGCUUCAAAGUUUUCCUGAACUGUGUGAAAAAGAGAAGACAAAUGUCAAAUUGACAUCAGGAAGACAAACUUUGGUUCA